AUGAUUUAUCCUUUUGUAUCCGUAAUAAGAGAUAGAAAAACAAUUCUUUCGGCUGUAUUAUUUGAAGCUGAUGAAAAUUUAACCUUUGAAGAUUUACUUUAUCAAGCAGAUAGCACAAAUGUAUGGCAUAUGGUAGCAUCUGGUUUAAAUGGAUGUUUAAAAAUGUGUACACAUGAAGAACAAAAUGUGUCACAUAUAAAAUUUAUAAUUCAAAAUGAACAAUCAAUAUCAACUACAAAUCAAGUUUCUUCUACAUCCAAUAUUUUCAAUGAAAUGAUGAAUGCGGCAGCUAAAAAAGUUUUAUCUAAUUCAAAGCUAUCAACAAAUCGUGAUGAUCAGUUAUAUAAUGAUGUUUUAGAACUUUUACGUAAUAAGAAUCUAGAAUUAGAACUUCGUGCAGAUAAAUUAGAAGAAUGUGUUUUACAACCAUGGGCAACUCGAACAUAUGCUAAUUAUCUAGGAAUGGUUAAUCAACAUGUUCAAAGAAUUCAAUCUGCUUCUGUUCCAGCACGAAGUCCAGAAAAAGAUAGUAUACUUGAGAUGCGAUCUUCAUGUACAGAAAAUACAAUGCAAGAAGUUUAUUUUUCAAUUGUGGAACGAGUUAAAAUAGCAAAUGAAUAUGAAAUUAUAUCACUUGAAGAAUAUUUACCUGAAACUAAAGAAAGAAGGUUUUAUUAUUUAUCAAAUUUUGCUAUUGAUUCAACAGUUAU